AUGCAGCAGAGCAGCGCGCCAGAGUUCAUUCUCGAGGCCUUUGCGGACCCGGCCUCCGUGAGGGACGUCGUCAAAGGAAUCCUCCACACAAUCUUCUUCCACCGCUUCUUCCCCGCCGUCGUCCCCUACACCCGCGAAGUCCUAGACCUGACCCUCCCCUACGUCGACGACGUCGAGCUCGAGACCAUGAUCGAACAGCGCGCCACCGCCCUCGUCCGCCAGCUCGACGCGGAGCGCUCCUCGUCCGGCUCCGGCGGCAGCGGCGGGGGGCGCGGCCAGCUCACCGUCCAGUUCUUUGAGAAGAAGCGCCGCAAGGCCUGGCUCAUGCGCGGCGACGAGGAGGUCUGCUGGGAGUGCUGGACCGUCAAGGUCACGGUCGCGGAGCCCAGGACGGAGACUGAGCGAGCCAAAGUCCGAAAAGCCAUGGAGACGACGCUCAUGACGACCGUCAUGAAGGUUAUCACCUUUGUAAACGCGCACAAGGACCAUAUCCCUCCGAUAACGACACAGGGGUCGAACCCGUUUCCCUAUCAGAUCAACAUUAACCAAAAGGAGUCGGGCUGGGCUACGAGGAUGGGUAUUUACUGA